AUGCCAACGGUCCUACUACCGUCGUCGGCCGCUGCCUUUGCGCCGCGGUCUUCACCGAAUGUGGUGUUGAACACCAAAGUCGAACCAUGGCUGACAGCAACAUUGAAACGAGUCAGCCGAGUUAAGCGACCUUUAAACAACGUGACGCAACAUACAAAGUGUCUGACGGAAACCUUGUCCUCACCAAACGCUAUCUGGACCCUCUGCUCCAUGAUGUUCCCCAAGGCCCCCGAAGCAGAGCUCCGAAGGGACGAGAACCCCUGGGUGGAGGCAUUCUUCAACUACCAGAUGAUCCAUGUGGAGGCUUACGUAGUGCAUGUUGACAUGGUGUCUCGAAAUGAGGUCGCAUUCAAACUGACCCCGGAAACAAUCGAAGCUUUGGUCGACUUCCACAAGGAGGUUUACUCCGUUGACACUGCCGCGAGUACCUGGGACUGGCCUGAGAAGGAGAGCCAGUUGAAGAAAUUACAGGAGGAGUUUGUCCAGGCUGCCAACAAGUUCGUCUAUCGCACCAGCGCGCAGGCCCUUGAAGGGCUGGAGGAGGACGGUGCAGGUGAGCUGCUGGGGGGCCGAAGUGAGGAAGCAAAGUCCGCGAUCACCAGCCUGUUCGUUCCGUUGCUUCCUCCACCUCCACGUGUGCUCGACGUGCUUCGUUCGACACCUGUUCUACCCAGUUCCACUGGUCCGGAGACAUGGUGGCACGACCCUAUGCAGCAGCCUGUGUCGAUGGACACGUGGAAAGUACUGCCAUCCAGCCCAGCCACGGCCAGUACAGGAGAUUCUAAUCCGAAUAUAUGGACCAGCCUGAACAACAUGAAUGAGUUCUCCUAUGCUUCUCCGACACCGUCCUACAGCCAACCCUACACUACUUCGCCUUACAAUGCGACGCAGUAUUAUAGCACCGCUGCCACGUCCGCCGCACUUGCCGCACUCCCAUUGCCAAGCAUGUUGGUACAGCCCUGCAGCACAGCGGCGAAUAUGAUCGGAUUUGGGUGGGGAGACCGAUAUCAAGACUUUGCGCUGCCGUACGGGACAACCAUGUAA